AUGGGUGAGAUGCCCUACUCGGCCAUGAACGCGUAUAUGAACGAUAGCCUUUCCCAUGGCUUUCGCAGAUCGAUGAAAGGCUCGGCUUUCAUGGUGCCCCUUAAUUUCAGUACAGUCAAAACGAUCCUUGACGAGUUUACCGACUUUGUGUCCGACCACAAGGAUGCCGACACUUCAACUGCUCUCAUAGAAUACUAUCCUUUCAAAAAUCCGAUCAAGAUACCCCAGACUGCCACGGCAUUUUCGAAUCGAGGCGCGUACGGAAAUCUGGUAUUUGUGAUGACCUGGACAAAUGAAGAACUAGACGAUGUUUGUCGUGGGAAGGCUCGGCGCUGGACAAACUUGGUACAGGAGGAGUUCCAAAAGAUCGGAUUAGCGAUGGUGUCCGUGGGAGAAGUCGACUCCGUAACAGAAGAUGGAAUUGGAGAGUAUAUGAAUUACGAUGGUUUCGGUUCUGAUGGCGACAAAAUGUUCGGCAUAAACUAUCCUCGACUUAAAGAGUUGAAGCAGCGCUACGACCCCAAAAAUAUUUUCAACAAGGGUCCAAAGCUGAUCUAA